AGCGACGCGCAUCACAUUGUAUACACCAGGCUGGCUAUCAGCCCUACAGACAGACCUACAUACAGCGUGGAAAAUUACAACGAGAAAGAGAGACAGAAAAUAUAGAUAGGCAGAUAGAUAGAUUGAUAGAGAAAGGGAGAGAGAGAUAAAGAAAAUAUGAAGAAACGUUUAUGUCUUUAAUGCACGGUUUGGGUUACCUGAUUCAUUAGCAGUGUGUCUUUAUCUAUAUAUAUAGAUGUAGAUAGAUAGAUAGAUAGAUAGAUAGAUAGAUAGAUAAAUAACGCUACUGUAGAGAAAUAACGCAACGAUCGCAGCGUCUUGUAAUAUUAAUAAUGCAAAGCGCAUAUAUAACUGGGUAGAGGGAGAGAGGAGAGACGGGUGAAAACUGAGCUGAGAAAAAUUUAACCGUUUUGGAAAAACGUACUGCGACUGGAAGAAAAAUUUCAACAUCGUGUUUGUAAUAGGCGCAUCAUAAUUUGAUAGUUCAUUCGUGUGGAAAUAGAUAGAUAGAUAGAUAGAUAGAUAGAUAGAUAGAUAGAUAGAUAGAUAGAUAGAUAGACAGAUCUAUAUCCCUCUCUCUAUAUAUAUAUAUAUUUAUAGAUCCAUAAAUAUGUCGAUUGCGUAAAGGGCGAUUUAUUGCAGAAAUAGGGGAGAGAAAUAGGGAGGAGGGAGAGGGGCAGACGAGUCAAAAUAUAAAAUUAGAAAAUAUUUUUGCUGCUGAAAAAAAUAGCCCUCCCUUUAUUUAUUUAUUUAUUUAUUACGUAGGUUUGUUAACUUGUUUGAAUUGUAGUCGUAUUAAAUCGAAUUAAUUGUAUUUAUUAAUAUAGCAGCUAUACAGAUAUUAAUAUAUUGAGUGAUCAGAAUGCGUUACCACGUUUCGACCUUCGUGUUGUCUUUAUACCUGGGAGUGAUACGGGCGGGAGCUCUCCCCCUCUCUCCGGAUGAAGAGGUAGGAUUGGACAGAGUGGACACUACGGUGUCCCCUGAGGCUCAGUCCUCACAGGCUAUCCCAUCAGCCUCUGCUUCCAUCAGCCAGCUGCUGCACUCUGCCCUGCUGAGGAAAGAGUAUCUGGGGCAGGAGCCAGUCUACUCCGGCACCACGACUAACCCCACUCAGGCCGUGCCUCUCCUCAGCCAAUCAGAACCCAGUGCCACGGUGAUGUCACAAGGGGUGCUGACUACUGCGGUGAUGUCCCCGGCUGCCUCCCUUCUGCGCGGCCAAUCACAGGGCAGCAGCACCACCACCCCUCCAGGCCCCACCCCCGCGACACCAUCAAUUACAUCAUCACCCCAGGAGGGGGCCAGAGAGGAAGAGACUACGACCACUCUGAUCACCACGACAACCAUCACCACCGUACACACUCCAGUUCUCUGCAAUGUUAACCUUACGGUCCCAGAGGGUUUUGUUGAGUCUCCUGAAUCCUCAGGAUCUGGGUUCUACCAUAGCCUGGACUGCACCUAUACCAUCACUGUGUACACCGGCUACGGAGUGGAGCUGCAGGUGAAAAGUCUGAACCUGUCUAAAGACGAGACAUUGUCAAUCGAGAGCUACGGAGGGGAGGGGCCUGUGUUCCUGGCCAAUGAGAGCCUGCUGAGCGAGGGUCAGGUGAUCCGCAGCCUGACCAAUCAGGUGCUGAUCCGGUUCCAGAGCAACCAGCCGGCCAAUCCAGGCGUCUUUAAACUACACUUCCAAGCAUUCCUCCUCUCAUGCUCCUUCCCUCUCUCCCCUGCUGAGGGGGGCGUGUCUGUCAGUGACCUUCACCCCGGAGGCUCCGCCCAGUUCCACUGCGACCCCGGCUACGAGGUCAGGGGUCACGAGGUCCUGACCUGCCUGAACUCCACACGACCGCACUGGAGUGGAGCGGAGCCAAGCUGCGUGUCUGUCUCCUGUGGGGGGGUGAUUCAGAACGCCACUCUGGGGCGCAUCCUCUCUCCCGCCCCCGUCGGUAACUAUAGCAACAACCUGAGCUGCCAUUGGCUGGUGGAGGCGUCAGAGGGACGAAGACUCCACCUGCACUUCGAGAGAGUGGCGCUCGAUGAGGACAGCGACAGGCUUGUUGUCCGUGCCGGGAACUCCCCCCUGGCACCCCUGCAGUUCGACUCGGAUCUGGACGAUAUUCCGGAGCGAGGGAUCGUGAGUGAUGGGCCGGCUCUCUACAUCGAGCUGCUCUCCGAGAACUCGGGGAUCCCCAUGCUGCUGGCGCUCAGAUACGAGGUGUUUGAUGCUGAUCAUUGUUACGAGCCCUUCCUCGCUCACGGUAACUUCACGACCUCCGACCUCUCCUACAGUUUGGGGUCGGUGGUGGAGUUUGGCUGUGUUUCAGGGUACGUGAUGGAGCAGGGGUCCGGGGUCAUCGAGUGCGUCGACCCUUCUGACCCCCACUGGAAUGAGAGCGAGCCAGUGUGCAAAGCACUGUGCGGGGGAGAGCUGUCAGAAUCCUCUGGGACGGUGCUGUCUCCUGAUUGGCCGCAGACCUAUGGGCGGGGCAAGGACUGUGUGUGGGGGAUCCAUGUUCAAGAGGACAAGAGAGUGCAGCUAGAUAUCGAGAUUCUGAAUAUCCGCCGCAGUGACAUUCUCACAGUAUUGGAUGGCGAUGACCUCACCUCUCAUGUGAUUGGUCAAUACCUCGGCUCUCACCAGCGGUUCCGCCUCCAUUCCAGCGGGUCAGAGGUCACGGUGCAGUUCCAGAGCGACCCCAACGAUCCCUCAUUCAGCUUGAGCCAGGGGUUCAUCAUCCAUUAUCGGGAGGUUCCUCGCAAUGAUACCUGUCCAGAUCUGCCUGUGGUUCAGUUUGGUUGGAAGACUUCCUCUCACCCCGACCUCAUCAAGGGCACCGUGGUGACCUAUCAGUGCGAGCCUGGCUACGACAUCAUCGGCUCCGACAUCCUCACCUGCCAAUGGGAUCUCUUCUGGAGCCACUCCCCACCCACCUGCCAGAAGAUCCUCUCCUGCUUGAAUCCCGGUGAGGUUGCUCACGGAGCUCGUCUGGUCUCUGAUCAGCGGUUUGCUGUGGGCUCCCAGGUUCAGUUCUCCUGUGCGGAGGGGUAUCAGAUCGAGGGGAGCCCCUCAAUCACCUGCUACAGCCGGGACACAGGGACCCCCAAGUGGAGCGACCGCGUCCCCAAGUGUGUCUUGAAGUAUGAUCCGUGUUUGAACCCUGGAGUCCCAGAGAAUGGUUAUCAGACCCUGUACAAGCACCGCUACCAGGCUGGUGAGUCUCUGCGCUUCUUCUGCUAUGAAGGCUUUGAGCUGAUCGGCGAGGUCACUGUCACCUGUGUGCCAGGACACCCCUCCCAGUGGAACAGCCCACCCCCCUUCUGCAAAGUAGUUUAUGAAGAGCUCCUGGAUGCUCGGAAGCUCGAGGUUUCCAGGACGACAGACCCCUCCCACCAGAUGGAGGGCAGGAACAUCGCCCUGGCAAUCUUCCUGCCAAUCAUCCUGGUCAUCCUCCUGAUUGGAGGAAUCUACCUUUACUACACCAAAUUCCAGGGCAAGACUCUGUUUGGAUUCUCUCUCUCCAGCUCUCACUCCUACAGCCCCAUCACUGUCGAGUCGGAUUUCAACAACCCGCUCUAUGAGGCCGGGGACACGCGGGAGUACGAAGUGUCCAUCUGAAGAACGACAGAACUAGACAGAGCGAGAGAGAGCAUACUAUAUCUCCGUCUAGACCUCCCUCCAUCUCUCUCUCUGUCUGUCUGUCGAUUUGUGAGAAAAUUAGUGUCGUGCCAACGCUCCAUCUAUCUAUCUCUAUCUACCUAUAUCUAUCCAUCCAUCCAUCCAUCCAUCCACCCAUCCAUCUGUUUGUCCAUCUCGAGAAUUCAAAACCGACAGUCUAUCCACAGUAUAUGAAGCAAUUCAUUUAAAUCCAUCCUCAUAACUCUUAUUAGCACUAUUGGGAGCCACAGUCCAGUAUAAUAUAUAAAACUAUGGCUAUUGAAACUUAGGGGUGCUGUCUGAAUCAUUGCUGGAGUCAAAUAAAUAUAAAGAUGGAAGGAUAGGUAAAAAGAUACUUGAAGUAUAAGACUGAUAUAUAUAUAUAUAUAUAUAUAUAUAUAUAUAUAUAUAUAUAUAUAUAUAUAUAUAUAUAUGUACCGUAAAACUGCAAAUAAUUGCCUGUUCUCAAACAAUCGCCUGUCUCCAAUACGCGCCGGGUCUGCUGGCAAAUACUGUAAAUAAACGGCGGGUCUCUGUCAUUGCUAGUGAAGCUGAGGAAGAUGAGGAGGAGCUUGAGCGUAAUGAACUGCUAAUAAGCGACAGCGAUGAAAGUGACUCUCAGAAUUAAUAAUUAAUAUAAUAUAAAACGUCAUUUAAGUUAGGCGUACAUGUAAUGCAUAUUUAUUUAAUGCUGUUAUUCCAUUAUUAAAAGUUUUGAUAAUUUUAAGCACAUGCUGAAAGUAGGCCAGGUACAAACCUCUUGGUGUAUUUGAACGUGUUUUGUGUAUUAACAAUGUACAAGUUUGAGAUUAAACAAUACAUUAUUUGAUAAUGAUACUUAUUGCUUUUGUUGUUCAUUUUUGUUGUUCAUGAAGUUUGUAUUAUUAUUAUUAUUAUUAUUAUUAUUAUUAUUAUUAUUAUUAUUAUUAUUAUUAUUAUUAUUAUUACUGUGCUGUAAGCUUAGCCUACACGCCUGUGUUCUGAUAUCUACAGGGAUGUCUUUUAGUGGAUUUAACUGUUAUUAUUAUUAUUAUUAUUAUUAUUAUUAUUAUUAUUAUUAUUAUUAUUAUUAUUAUUAACAAUGGUAGAUCUAAUUCCAUUUUUAAAUACAAAUUCGUGCUUCUGCUUGUUCAUUUUCCAUUGUUUUUCAUACCGUAUCCUUGUUAACCAGUGCAUAUAAAAAGACAGUAAUAAUAUUUUACACUUGAGGGCGUACAAUACAAUGUAAUUUUGUUAUAAAACAAAACUGUUACUUAGUUCCCACUGACACACAACCUUUUAACAAAGUUGCUGGAAUGUUUAAAUUGAGUUACGAUGUUGCUACAAGGUUGUGUGUUAGCGGCUUCUCAAUGACCGCAUGAAGUAUGUGAAGUUAGAGAGCUAAUAUCAAUACCGGUCUCCAAUACGCGCCGGGUCUGCUGGGAAAUAUUGUAAAUAAACGCCAGAGGCAUUUAAUUGAAGUUUUACGGUAUGUAGAAAAUAUCCCCAAAAGGUAAAGAGAUUGAUGAAUGCAAAUAAACCAUCUCAUGCAGCUAUUCAUGUUUCAUUUCCUGUGUGCCAAAUCCACUUCCUGCCAUGUGUCAUCCCACUUCCUGGUUACAGAGAAUGUACAGGGGGUUCACUUCCUGUUUGCAAAGGAAGUCAGAAAUCCACUUCCUGGUUCUGUAGAAUGUUCCAUUUAAAAUAAAUAAAUACCAGGAAGUCAAGUAAUGUCACAUCCUGUUUAGAAUGUAAGCAUGAACCAGUUCCUGUUUUGCUUGGAAGUGGGUGUCUGUGUUAAAGCUUGUAUUAUAAAAUAAACCCCUUCGCUGCACAUUAGACAUGUUACUUUCAUUUCAAGGGCUUCACAAUACAGCUGUUGAUUGGUUUUCUUCAAGAUUGUAUGACCAAUACUUGUACUCUUAAUUGCUUUUAAGUAUUUAUUGGCAGGUAUUAAAUACAUUUUUCAUCGUUGGUUGUAAAAAUAUAAAACAAAAAAUAAUAUUGAUAAUAUUAAAAUCAGCUUUUUGUAUCGCUAUAAAAAAUACUCUUUCUUUUAAGAAUUUUCCCCAAAAAAUUAAUAGACAAGCUUAGUUUUACUGCAGAAGUGUUAAAAUUCCAUUCAGCUGUCAAAGUCCAAACUAAGAUAAAAGUCUGUACAAAACUACAGCCGCUACCCAACCUGGUGUCUAUAUAAAGUUGUAAUCUAGUGCGCUGGCAUUGCCUGCUGUGUGCUGGGCAGAGCCUCGCUGUGCUGUACUGCACACAGGGCAAUGCUGGCAGGAUCACACUAUAUAACACUAAUAAAAAAUCCUGUACAGAAGUAUAGCAGCUACCCAACCUGGUGUCUAUAUAAAGUUGUAAUCUAGUGCGCUGGCAUUGCCUGCUGUGUGCUGGGCAGAGCCUCGCUGUGCUGUGCUGUACACAGGGCAAUGCUGGCAGGAUCACACUAUAUAACACUAAUAUAAAAUCCUGUACAGAAGUAUAGCAGCUACCCAACCUGGUGUCUAUAUAAAGCUGUAAUCUAGUGCGCUGGCAUUGCCUGCUGUGUGCUGGGCAGAGCCUCGCUGUGCUGUGCUGUACAUGCUGUACACAGGGCAAUGCUGGCAGGAUCACACUAUAUAACACUAACAUAAAACUCUGUACAGAACUACCCAACCUUGUGUCUAUAAGCUACUACAGCUAUAAUCUGGUCGAAAUACAGCAAUUGAAUGUAUGAGCUUUAUAAUGAUGUUUUUGUGAAUGUACACAGACAAUGCUGCCAAUUCAAAGACUUGAGUGAUCUUGCCCCAUGUUUGAAGCAGGUUUGAUGGCAGCACGCACUUAAGUCUUGCUAGUUUAUUUAGUUAAAGAAGAAUCUCCACUGGAUUCUUGCUAUUAUGUUACCUGUGCCAGCUUGUCUAUGAUGGAACACAGUCUUCUAUUUUAAUGGGAUCUCACGCUUUUGAGUUUUGAGUUGUAGCUGCAUGGCGUGUAAUACAUAUUGCUGUUAAUCUCAGUGUACGCAGUGUUAGCAACUGAACUGGUUGUUGUGUUCUCUUUUUAAAUAAAUAAAAUAAAUGACAUAAAUAAAAUAAAUAAUUUAUUAUUCUCUCAUGGA